CUAAUUCCAUUAUACCUGCACUACACUUCCAUAUCCCUUUUUUGUGUCUCUCUACCAAAGAUCGGUGAUAUGGAUAAUUUAAAGGCAUAUCUUUCCUUUGUUUUUCUUUGGGUUUUCUUCUUGUCUUCUCAUGUUCUAGCUUAUCAUGAAUUGCCCCAAGAGAGAAAAACAGAGUAUAAUUUGAAAGUUCAAAAGAGAAAAGAUUCAAUAAAUGACUGGGUUUAUCCUUCUAUUGGUUACAAUCCUACUACAACGACAACAACCCCACCCCCAGAAGCCGCCAUUGAUGGCUGGUCUAAAUAUAUCGAAAUGGAGAACAAUGAUGAGGAUGCAGGUGGAGUACUCUGGCAUCGCAAAAUGAUGAAGCCUUCAAAAACAGAAACCAACUCUUUCAAAGUUUCCAGUGCCGAACCUCCUAUCAUUGAUCCACGCGGUGCCAAAGAAGGUUCAUAUUAUGGCCAUGUCCUUCGAGCAGAACCUCCUGAAGGUGAUGGCGAAGGAGUAUAUAGUUCCAAAGCCGGUGGUUAUUACGGCCAUCUCUUACGAGCAGAACCUCCUGAUGAAGAUGACGGCGGAGAAGAAGACUUGAAGCUAGAUCAUGUCCAUGGCUCUUCAGCUGAACCUCUUGUUGAUCCACGCGGUGCCAAAGAAGGUUAUUUUGGUAAUCUCAUUGGAGCAGAACCUCCUGAUGAGGAUCCACGUGAUGCUAAAGAAAGAAGAGUAAAAGGCAAAUCUGUUGUUUAUUCACGUGGCGAUGAUGAUGAUGAGGGAGAAGUGACUUAUGCCUAUUCUACUUCCCGAGCAGAUUCUCUACCUGAUGAAGAUCCAAGAGAUAGCAAAGUAGGUUAUGGUGUGCUCAAUAUGAAUGAGAAGGUUGAUAAGGAGACAAUAAAGAACUAAUAAUGCAAACUAAAAACACUGCUAUAUGAUGGUGUGCUUCAAAUUACGACUAUAUGUUAUAUGUCCUAAAUUAAAUAACACCAUCUGCCAUGAUGGUUUUAUGGAUAUAAUUUGUGUCCAUGUGCUAAGUCUUAUUUUCUUGUUAAGUUAUAUAAUAUAUUACUUCGUUCUCUAGUUUGAUCA